AUCCACUCAUUUCCGCUUUUUCUAAGAAAACCGAAGUUUUUGUUAUUCAAUAUCGACUCGGUUAUUCGAGUGUAGAUAAUGUAAAACAGGUCAAGUCAAGUAACGGCGAAGGGACUUUUUUUGUCAGCUAUAUAUAGAUGAAAUUGUUUGUUAUCUUUCCAAACAAAUUUAAUGCUCUCCAAUCAAAUACCAACUCAGCGUUCAUUUCCAAGAACGGCUGAGACCUUCAAGGAAAUUUCCUGAAAACAUGAUAAGGAACUAAACUCGACGAAAUAAACUUGCUUACAUUUUGUAAAAUCUCGCUGAAUAAUUUGAUUAUUCAAAAUAUGCUUGUCGGAAGUCGAGUGGUUCGAGGCCCUGACUGGGAGUUUGAAGAAGAAGAAGAAGACCAAGAUGGAGGCGAAGGAUUUGUCGGCACAAUCACAAGCACACAAAACUUUCAAGAUGGAAGUCCCUUACCAAAGGGAAAAGUGCUUGUCUAUUGGGAUACUGGUUACCAAGGAUGUUAUAGAGCUGGACUAGACGGCUGUUACGAUUUACGAAUUUUGGACUCGGCACCUUCAGGUAUCGAUUUCUCAUCUCAUUCGUGUAAUGAAUGCAACCAAGCAGGUAUUUCUGGAAUGCGAUGGCAAUGUGCAGUGUGUCCUAACUACAGCUUAUGCACCUUGUGUUACAUGAAGGAUGUACAUGACAUGAACCACAGCUUUAUGCGAUUCGAUGUAUCGAAUGACAGUGCUAAUGGGGUGGACGUUGGGCAGCGUUUCGGAUGCUUGAAAAUCCAAGCCAAGGGCAUAUUUCCUGGAGCAAUAGUGAAAACUGGAAAUGACUGGACGUCAGAAUCUCUUAGGAAUGGAAAAGUCUUAGAACUAGCGUCUUGGGAAGGUAUUCCAAGAAGUGCAGCAAUAGUGGACUGGGAAAACUUCUGUGAAUUACACCUUAGAGUUGGUCAUAAAGGAAAAGUUGAUUUAGAACUGGUUACGUCCUCCCUCGGUCCACUAUACUACAAGGACCAUCUUCCUUCAGUAUCUCUAGAUGACAUGAAUAGUCUGAAGAAAAAGCAGUUUUCCACUUCAUCUGAAAAGCAAGCCCAACAUAAGAUGGUUGAUUUAGAACUGGUUACGCCCUCCCUCGGUCCAUUAUACUGCAAGGACCAUCUUCCUUCAGUAUCUCUAGAUGACAUGAAUAGUCUGGAGAAAAAGCAGUUUUCCACUUCAUCUGAAAAGCAAGCCCAACAUAAGAUGGAGUCAAGCGUUCAAAGUAACCAGAACGCAGAAGAUCAACAAAAAGAAUUGCAACACGAAGUUAUCAAGCGUCUUCAAAAGGGUGAACAAAGUGAUAAUACAACAUCAGCUAUUAAGUCCCCUCCUCCACGUACGCUACCAAAGCCUUCACGGCAACGUUUGCCCAAUAAUAAUUCUAGCAACAGCAAUGUAGUGGAACAAUCAGAGGCCAAGGAUGACCAGCCUACUACAGAACCAAUUAAGAAAGUCAAGGAUAUCGUUAACAGGAUGUCGCAAGCCGAUUUAAACAAGGGCGAUUCCGGUGGAAGAACGCCCGUCCAAUCUAGAGCUCCGGCACCUCCUAAGCCUGCAAUUAGGGCAGACCCUUCUGAUGCCAAUACAUUACCAAAGACUUCCAAGAAGACCUACCCUGCUCCCCCACCACCUCGACCCCGUUCAGCAAUACUUGCAGGCUCCGUUAACAUCUCUCCAGAACCGAAAAAAAAAGAGGCUAAGGUUGCUCCUUCUAGGACAAAUGUUGCGUCCUUGGCUGCAAGUUUGGGGAACAAGAUACAAUUGGAUCCAACGAGGGGUAGGAUGCAGACGAAAAAACCUCCAGCACGCGAUAUUAUUUGCACUUAUUGCGAUGAAAAAGCAUCGAAGGUCUUUUUUGAGCCAUGUGGACAUUUUGUAGAUAAAGUUUGUUUUGGGUGUGCCAGGAAGUAUAAGCGCUGUCACGAGUGCAACCAACCGAUAGAUAAAAAAUCCACAUCAGAUGGCUCGCAACUACCUGAACUCGACGACGAAAUGGAUACUUAUAACAAAGAAAAGUUGAAAGAGCUGGAGAGAAAACUCGACGAAGCUAAACGAGAGUUAGAAUGUCCCAUUUGUAUGGAUGAACGAUGCAAUGUCUUGUUUGGUUGUGGACACAAAACAUGUAUGGAAUGCUCGGAUCUUAUUGGUCAAGGCAACAACCAGUGCCCUAUUUGUAAACAAUUAAUAACUGAGAGAAAGCGAAUGUUUUAAUCAAUUGUAAUUGAAUAUCAAAAGGUUGGAAUUGAUCACCAUACAUCAUACAAUAGGAAGACCAAACAAUUAAAUCAUGUACCACAAAAAGA